AUGCCGAAUAACGAUCAAGAAACACCGCCAAUGGAUGUCACCAUAAUGACAGGAUUAGUAUCCAGCAUAAAUGCUUUAAAAGCCGCCGUGGAAGAACUUAGAAAAGAUACUGCCGAGAGCCAAACCGCCAUCAAAGAUCUCAGCAUCCAAGUAGAAGCACUGCCCAUUCAAAACAGAGACUCCUUGGACACGUCUGCUGAUCAUUUCUCAACGCCACUGGUAGGUAAUAAUCUCCUUAUUCCAGCAGGUAAUUUGACGAACACACGAAUUUACGAUCUGCCAACCUUCUCUGGAAAUGCCGAGGAAUGGCCAUUAUUUUUUGCGAGUUUUGAGGAUACCACUGAGGCCUUCAAAUACAGCAACAGGCAAAAUUUAAUGCGCCUUCAAAAAUGCUUAGUUGGUGCAGCAAGGGAAGCGGUAGUAUCAAUGCUCAUUUAUCCAAGUGAAGUGCCGAAAAUCAUCGAUGAGCUACAGUUCACGUUUGGAAGACCCGAACACAUGGUUAGGUAUCAGCUUAGUAAGAUCAAAGCCAUACCAAUUAUACCAGAAAAUAAAAUCGAUCAAAUUCUGGUAUAUUCGACCAAAGUUCGAAAUGUGGUGUCGUUCCUAAAAGCGUCAAAAUGUGAACGACAGCUUUCAGAUCCAAAUCUCUUGGACGAACUUGUUGUAAAGUUGCCGACCAGUAAACAAUUUGAAUGGAUCAAACACAGUCUGGAUAUAAAGCCGUACGCAUCGAUCGAACACUUUUCAGCUUGGCUGAGCACACUAGCCAGAAUAAUGGGGAAAAUGCCACCACCACUCCAAAGUACUUCCAGAUUGACUCCUCAAGUGGCACAACGUAGAGUAAUGCAUGCAACCGAAACAGUAGCAAGAGAAUUUAAAUGCUGCCACUGUGGAUUAAAUCAUAAACUUGCCAAUUGUGAACAAUUUAAGACGGAUCUAAACGUUGAGGAUCGUUGGACCAAAGUUAAAGCCAAUCAACUGUGUUUCUCGUGCUUGAACAAAGGCCACAGUUCAUUAGUAUGUCGUAUGAAAAAGAUCUGUGGCAUAUCAGGAUGCAGGAGAUACCAUCAUCACAGUCUUCAUGAAGAAAUUCCCCAAUCAAGAUUAAACGCACAGCCAAUCUUGAAUUGUGACACACCAGAUGACACCGGUCAGCUGUUUAAGAUUUUGCCGGUUACCUUGUAUGGUCCUACAGGCAAAAUAGAUACCUACGUAAUGUUCGAUGAAGGCUCAGCUAUAUCCCUUAUGGAAGAAGAUACAGCCGUGAGGCUUGGACUGAAAGGUCAACAUGAGCCUUUGAAAUUACAAUGGUAUGGACAAAAGGUAACUACGGAAGAAUCUCGAAAAGUUAGUCUGGAAAUCGAAGGUCUAGAAGAAAACCAGCGUUUCAACAUCAAAAAUGUAAGAACUAUUAAAAACCUCAACCUACCUGUCCAGUCAUUUAAGAAGUCGGAUUACAACUACCUCAAGUUCUUACCACUUCAGGAGUACACCGAGGCCAGACCAGUUAUAUUGCUAGGAUUAGACUAUGUUCAUCUUAGUGCUUCAUCAACAGUUGUAGAAUCUGGCCAAACAACACCGAUCGCCGCAAAAACUAAGCUAGGCUGGGUUGCUUACGGACCAAGAACAACAACUCCAAAUCCUAUGUUCCUUCACAUCCGCCAAAGAGACACCAACUUAAAUCAAAUCGUGACAGACUUUAUUGCAACAGAAAACUUUGGUGCAAAUGAAUCGUGUCCAAUUCCUGAGUCAACGCAAAACAUUAAGGCCAAAGAAAUAAUGAAAAAUACUACCAGAAAAAUCGGCAAACGGUAUGAGAUCGGGUUGCUUUGGAGGGAGUUUGUGCCUACACUCCCUAACAGCUUCUCGAUGGCACUGAAACGCCUUAUCAGUAUAGAAAAAAAGAUGAGCCGAGAACCCGAGUUUGCCGACAGGUAUCGUGAAGGUAUAAGGAAAUAUGUUGACAGUGGAUAUGCUAGGAAACUAGUCGAAGACGAGAUAAACAACACAAGGCAUGCAGUAUGGUAUUUGCCGCAUUUUGCCGUUCAAAGUCCGCAUAAGCCAAAUAGAGUGCGAAUAGUGUUUGACGCCGCUGCCACUUCUCAUGGCAUUUCACUUAACUCUGUUUUGUCUAAGGGACCCGAACAGGCAAAACCACUCAUCGGCAUAUUAUUCCAGUUUCGUCAAGAUGUCAUCGGAGUCGCAGCUGAUAUAAGGGAAAUGUUCUCCCAAGUUCGCAUCAUUCCCGAGGAUCAACAUGCACAGCGUUUUCUGUGGAGGGAUGGUGACCAGAAUAAGCCAGUCCAACAAUUCGCAAUGGUGUCAAUGAUUUUUGGAGCAGUUUGUUCACCGUGUUGUGCCGAAUGGAUAAAGAACAUCAAUGCCAAACGAUUUGAAGACACGUAUCCCGAGGCGUCUGCCGCAGUCAUUGGUAAGCAUUAUGUCGAUGAUUUUGUAUGUAGCUUUCCAAAUGAAGAAGAAGCCGAACGAAUUUGUAAACAAGUCACCAUCAUCAAUGCAGAAGCAGGGUUCCAGCUACGUAAUUUUGUUUCUAAUUCAUCAAAGUUAGAAACAACAAUGAAUGGAGUGGCCAUUACUGAAUCGAAGAAAAUCAGCAUGGAACGUCAAGCUACAUCGGAAAAAAUUCUUGGAAUGUUCUGGGAUACGACAACAGAUUCCUUCAAUUUUGAAACCAAAUUCCACCGCAUUCCACAAAAGGUUUUAGAAUCUCGUCGACCACCAACCAAAAGGGAACUUCUUGGAAUAGUAAUGGCAAUAUUCGACCCCUUUGGAUUUUUAGCCGACUUUUUGAUUUUUUCAAAAAUCCUGGUUCAAGAAUGUUGGAAAGUAAGCAUUGACUGGGAUGACCCAAUACCUACUGAGCUACAUAUCAAAUGGUCUGCAUGGUGGAACGAGUUUCAACAGGUAAAAGCCUUUCAAAUAUCACGAUGUUAUUCGCCGCAUAUCCGCCUUUCAAACAACACCGAGCUGCACGUAUUCGUAGAUGCCAGCCAAAGUGCCUUUGCAGCCGUUGGUUAUUUUCGUAUUGUCACAGAAAACCGAAUUGAAUUAAGCUUUGUAGCAGGAAAAACUAGAACUGCCCCUAAGAAAUUGAUGUCCGUUCCUAGACUGGAGCUACAAGCAGCCAUACUUGGUUUACGUCUAAGCAGGUCCAUCAUUCAAAGUCACGAGAUCAAAAUAUCGAAAACAAUUUUCUGGAGCGAUUCCCGAACCGUACUCUACUGGAUUCACUCACAUGAACGUAGGUACAAACCCUUUGUUGGCCACCGAAUUUCGGAAAUCAUUAGCAACACCGAUCCGAACCAAUGGCGCUGGGUGCCAACUUCAGAUAACUCAGCAGAUGCAGCCACUCGCCCUACGUUCCCACCGAAAUUCAACUGCAGUAGUCGAUGGAUUCAGGGACCUGAUUUUUUGAAAGACAACGAACAACAUUGGCCAGCGUUCCAGCUAGAAAAAACCAACAUAGCAUCCGAAGAAGAAAUCCAAACGAAGACAGUCUUAUGUUGCCAGGCGAGUAGACCUUUUAUUCAAUUUACUAAGUAUUCUUCUUAUUUUAAGCUAAAACGAGUAACCGCAUGGGUGGUAAGAUUUGCGAAAAUUAAGGCAAAAAUCGACGUACCGAAAGGCCCCCUCUUAGUUUCUGAUAUGGCGGCUGCGGAGCAGUUUAUUUGCCGAAUCGUCCAAAAAGAAGAAUACCGUCUUGAGAUAGCCGCUUUGAAAGGGGGUAAACCUAUUUCUAAAUCCAGUUCAAUUUAUGCCCUGACGCCGUAUUUGGACGAAAAAGGUUUGCUGAGAAUUCAAGGCCGAUUAGAUGAAGCACUUUGUCUACCAUACAGUGCACGAAGACCCAUAAUACUGCCACAAAAUCAUACAGUAUCUCGACUUAUUGUUGAAAGUUUCCACCGGAGGUAUCACCACCAAAAUGUCGCUGUCAUCAUCAACCAAAUCCGUCAAAUAUUCUGGAUGCCUCGCUUAAAAACUAUCUUAAAAGAUGUACAAAAGGAGUGUUCAAUAUGUAAGAUUGACAGAGCCGCCCCAAAACCGCCUUUAAUGGGACAACUACCUACCGACCGGGUAACACCCUAUGUUCGACCAUUCACCUAUACAGGUGUUGAUCUAUUUGGACCCUUGAAUGUAUCUAUAGGGCGACGCCGUGAGAAAAGGUGGGUGGUCAUAUUCACAUGCCUUACCAUCCGAGCAGCACAUUUCGAAAUUGCCGAAAGCUUAUCAACAGACGCUUUCAUAAUAUGCCUGAAGAACUUCAUCAACCGUCGUGGGUCACCAGUGUCCAUUCGAUGCGAUAAUGGCACCAAUUUCAUCGGUGCACAGAGGGAAUUGAAGAAAAAUGAAUGUCUCUUGGACACCGAUCGAAUUAUAGACGAAUCCACCAAACAAAAUAUCGAGUGGAUCUUCAAUUGCCCUGCAAACCCUAGUUCCGGUGGAUGCUGGGAACGACUUAUCAAAAUUGUGAAGCUCCUGUUCUCAAAAACACUGAAGGAUGAGGCACCUAGAAUUGAGACUCUUCGAUGUGCUCUUUUGGAAGCAGAAAACAUCAUGAAUUCCCGACCGCUCACUGAAAUUCCGCUGUCCAGUGACCAAGACGAGCCGCUAACACCGAACCACUUUUUGUUAGGGUGUGUUAACUCGACCCAGACACCACAUCCUGUCGACAUCAAAAUAUGCUUACAAAAGCAAUGGCGAAUCGCACAAAACUUGAAGGAUCGUUUAUGGAAGAGAUGGGUUGUAGAAUACCUACCACAACUUUUACGCCGUUCCAAGUGGCAUGACAAACCACCACCGCUUAAAGUCAACGAUCUGGUUAUCAUUUGCGAUCAUAAUCAACCUCGUAGCCAAUGGCAAAAGGGACGAGUUACAAAGGUUGUCCCAGCUAAGGACGGCCACAUCAGAAUAGCCGAAGUGAAAACUGCAAAUGCCCUUCUAAGACGCCCUGCCAAUAAACUAGCCGUUUUGACGAUUGAUGGUGAAUCCUAG